AUGGCUCGCCGAGAGACGUUGCGUGGUAGAGGUGAGAAUGCAAAAGGGGUGGUCGACGAGAGGUCGCCGCUGCUGUCGCAGGCUCGACGUGAAUCGAGCUCGUCAGGUGAGAGCUCCUUGACUUCCAGUUCGUCGUCGUCGAGCGGAGACUCGGACGGCCAAUUCCUUCCUUGGCAUCUCACACCGUCGACAGAGGUCGAUGAGGCGUGCGUUGACGUUGAACGCACUGCACCCGCUCGCACCGGCGGUGACUCAACGACGAAACCGCAAGGGUUGCCGGCAUCGGCCGUUGUUAAGAUUGUAGCGAUCCUGCUGGUUGGGACAUUUACUGCUAACGCGGACGGUUCUCUGGUUAUGGCGACGCACCCGACGAUUGCUUCCGAGUUUAACGAUUUAGAGAAUUCGAGUUGGUUGUUUGUUGCUUUUGCACUUGCUGGAGCCGCGACUCAGACUUUGUAUGGCAAGCUUAGUGAUAUAUAUGGACGCCGUGCUUUGCUAAUGGUUGCUUACACGCUGUUUGCUGCUGGAUGUGUAAUGAUUGGUGUUGGCCGCACAAUGUGGCAGGUUGUUCUCGGGCGCGUGAUUUCUGGAUCUGGCGGUUCAUCACUAAACGUGCUUGGGUUGCUCCUAAUCACUGAUCUUGUGCCGCUUCGCGACGUCGCCGCCUGGCAAGCAGGCAUCAAUAUCGCCGCCACGGUAGGCCGCAGUCUCGGCGGACCGAUCGGAGGUUGGCUCGCCGAUACGAUUGGAUGGCGGUGGUCGUUUCUCGGCCAGGCUCCCAUCUUCAUGAUUGCCGUCUUAUUAUGUUGGUUCUUUUUGCCGAGGGGAAAGCCCAAUUCAAAGACGGAGGCAGAGGCCGAGGGGCCAAAAGUGGGACUUGACGAAAAGAGCCCCUUGGCAAGGGUUGACUUUCUGGGAGCCGCCCUUCUGGCGUUAUUCGUUCUGGCCUUCCUGCUGCCUAUCGAGAUCGGAGGGACCAAAAUUCCGUGGACGCACCCGCUCAUAUUUAUCCUCUUUGGAGCCGCCAUUGUUCUUGGUGGCCUCUUCGCGGCUACAGAGGAAUGGUGGGCAAAGGAGCCUAUCCUCCCGUUGGAGCUCCUGAAGCAUCGAGACAUUGUCCUUACGUACGUCAUCACCGGUGCUCAGAUUGCCGCCCAACUAGGCCUCUUGUUUUCGGUACCGUUAUACUUUCAGGUCACCCAGAGAGUAUCAAACACUGUCGCUGGUCUUCAUUUGUUCCCUGCAGUUGCGGGAAAUGCCAUUGGUGGUAUCUUGGCUGGAUAUUUGAUCAAAAAAACUGGCCGCUACAAGUCGCUUCUGAUCAUCGCGACGAUCGCGUCAUCCUUUUCAUACGUUCUCCUCCUCCUUCGAUGGCACGGAAACACCAACAUUUGGGAGUCUCUAUACAUCUUCCCAGGCGGUCUGGGAGCGGGUCUUGUGCAGUCAGCUGGCUUUAUCAGCGUCCAGGCAGCGGUUAACCCGAAGCACAAGGCUGCAGUGACGUCUGGCGUGUUCUUGACGGUGCAGAUCGGCAUGAUUCUCGGUCUUUCGAGUGUGAGCGCCGUAAUGAUGGAAAGGAUGCGAUGGAGGCUGGAAGCGUUGCUAAAGGGGAUGGGUAUUGAGGCAGCCGUGCGGAAUACGAUUAUUUCCAAAGCCACGUCGAAUGUAGACUUUAUUGAUCAUACCGACAGCAACAUUGCGAAAGCCAUAGUGGCGGCAUACGUCGAGGGAUUAGGAUUCAGCCACGGCGUGUCGCUCAUUUCGUCCGCUGUAGGGCUUAUCGGGGCGAUAUUCCUUCGAGAGCAUCAACUGUAG